GUUUACAUGUGUGAGCAGUGAGAGGAGUUUGGACAGGUAGCUCUGCGCGAGGUGCAACUGCAAAUAUUUACUGAUUAAAGUCGAAGUGCUUCAUCAGCACCUUAUCAUGGGGUGUACAGUGGGGCAGGUGUGGCAAUGCCUACUGCUUCUGUCCUACUUUGUGCUGUGUGCUUACUCCCAUGGUGAGCAUCAAGCUCAGGUGUCUGGAGACACUCAUCCUCCUAUCACCCGUCUGGAUAGAAACAUGGUGCAGGACAAAGACCAUGUGAUGGAGCAUUUGGAGGGGGUGAUUGAUAAGCCUGAGUCAGACAUGAGCCCACAAGAACUGCAGCUUCACUACUUCAAAAUGCACGACUACGACGGCAAUAACCUGCUGGAUGGGCUCGAGCUUGCCACAGCCAUUACACAUGUACACAAGGAGGAAAAAAAAGAGGAUGCCCCACCAAUGAGGGAGGAGGAUCUCAUUCGCAUCAUCGAUGACGUCCUUCGAGAUGACGAUAAAAACAAUGACGGAUACAUCGACUAUGCUGAGUUUGCCAGGUCCCUACAAUAAAGUGGGGAGGGGGUGUGAUGCCUGAGCGUGAGCUCUGUUUACCUCUGAUGUAAAAAUCAAAAGGUAUUAGUUAAUUGUAUGAACGGAUUUCACAUACACAGUGGCUACAGUGCUGCACAGCUCAGUCAUUCCCCUGUCAUAAUCUAGCUUAUUACAUUUAUAAAGCACUUCAAUGAUGAACUCACAUGUUUCUUCAACACUGGAUCUGAGCUGCUACUGUACAUGCUACAUCUAUUGAUGAUAAGAGUAUUCUUUUGCCUUGAAUCUCUUGAUCUGGAGUUAGUACAAGGAUGCCCAGUUUAUUCAUUUACUCAAGAUAAUUUAUACAUUCCGUGAAUUAAAAAAAAAAAAAAAAAAAAAAACAGCAGAUGAGCUUACAAACUUAUACCAAGUGCCAUAUUUAGAAAACAGAUAUUAAAUGUAUGCCUUAUUCCUGUUGUAAUUCUCACCAAAGACAGUCCCUGUUUGUCUUUCUAUCAUACUAUAGUCAAUCAAAGGCUGUAUGGGUUUAUUUCAUUUUAUUUCUUUUUAAAAGAAAUCCUUUGUAGCUGGUUGAGUAUCACAGCAGUACUAAUCUGCCUGACCUGGGCAGUGCAACAGUAUGUCAGACCUGGAAGUAAGAAUCUCUGAUUAAGUUUAAUGAACUGAAUUUAUAUGCUACUUAACUUUUGCUUACGAUACUCUAUUGAAGGACUGUGUUAAUUCAAGCUAAGAAUGUCCGUGUAAUGAUAAGUUACUUGAACAGGCAAUGUAAACCAUAUACAGAACUGUGUGUAAUUUAUUUCUGUCAAUAAUGUAAUAUUUGAUAGUAAAACUGUAGUUAUUAAUGUGAUAUUUAAAAUGUAAUGUUGCAUCAGGAGCCACAUUCAGCCUGUGUAAAUAAGGCCAAACAGAAAUCCAAUAGUCUUUUCAGAUUGUAAACUAGAUUACAUUAUAUUCUAACAGUUUGUUUCAGGAUUUGUAAAGUUUUAGUGUAAUUAUAUUUUGUUUUUGAACGUUAUAUCAUUAAUUAAUACAACGUUGUGUGCUGGAACAGGAAGAAAAUAAAGACAUAUCAUUUCACAAGCAA